AUGAGUAAAAAUGAACAAAUUCCCAAGCCAAGAUCAGGGUUUUCAAUCCAUAAUCUAUCUCCAGCCCAUCAUAUGCACAACACUUCUUUAUCCCAUGACACUUCCAAGCAAUCUUUAUCAUCUGAAAUCCCGCCUGAAAGCAAUCAGUCAAAAAAAUCUCCGAAUUCUUUUAUAUAUAGAUAUCAUAGCUCCAGAAGAACGCUUACAGGAAAUAUAAGAAAAUCGCCAAUGUCAAGAAAAUCUUCAAAUAGAGAUACCUUAUCGUCUCCUAAUACAAGCUUGAUGUUUGCAUCGGGUGCAGGCCCAAUGACAUUGCCUUUUUGACAGUGUCUAUUUCACCGAAGUAUUUUUGUCCGAAAAUUGGUUGAAACUUUUUGAUAGUGAGACAUUUGACCAAAAAAACCUUAAUUUUCGACCAAAUGCUUCGAUGAAAUGUGUCAAAAAUCCACUGUCAUUUGACAUGGAGCAUUUGCAUCACCAAAAUCAUAUGAGCCGAGAAAAGCUACAAUUGACUACUUAGAAAAAUACAAUCUCCGGCUUAAAAGAAACAGCGGGGACUCUAGCCAAGCGUCAGCAAAUGCUAUGAUGGAGAUUGAAGAAUGCAAAGAAAUUGACUCUCGAAUGGAAAAUGAAAGAAAUAGAAUUAACGUAUUUUUUACAUCAGGAAAUGCUAAAUGUGAGACAAAUGCUGUUACCGUUUUCAAAUCUACAGAAGGCUGCAGAAAUUAUGUCAAAAACAGUAAAAUUAAAAUAGUUUAUACUGUGUAA